AUGGCGUAUAAUAAUUUAAAACUUUGUUUGUUAAUAUUUUGUUUAGCAGCAGUUGCUUCCGGCCAACACACACCAACGAUCUCCCAUAUCACUCAAGCGCAGAUCAGGGAUAUAGGCGGAUCGGUUGACUUGGAGUGCUCAGUAAAAUAUGCUCAAGACUAUCCAGUGCUAUGGAUGAAAUAUGACAAAGUAAACACCACAGAAGCUUUCGUGCUGUCGUCUUACUCUACUCUUAUUAUCAGAGAUUCAAGAUUCUCCAUUAGGUUCGAUGCUGCAUCAGCCACAUACACGCUUUCGAUAAAGGAUAUUCAAGAAAUUGACGCGGGCUGGUACCAAUGCCAAGUGCUCCUGUCGGUGAGCAACAGGAUCACCGCGGAAGUAGAGCUUCAAGUUCGACGUCCCCCGAUUAUAUCUGACAACUCGACGCGUUCACCCGUGGUCAACGAGGGAGGGACUUCCGGCCUACGCACACCAACGAUCUCUCAUAUCACUCAAGAGCAGAUAAGGGAUAUAGGUGGAUCGGUUGACUUGGAUUGCUCAGUACACCAUGCCCAAGAUUAUCCAGUGCUAUGGAUGAAAUAUGACAAACUAAACACCAAAGAGGCAUUAAUACUGUCGUCUAACUCUGCUCUUAUUAUCAGAGAUUCAAGAUUAUCCACAAAGUUUGAUGCUGAAUCAUCCACAUACACGCUUUCGAUAAAGGAUGUCCAAGAAACUGACGCGGGCUGGUACCAAUGCCAAGUGCUCCUAUCGGUGAGCAACAAGAUCACCGCGGAAGUGGAGCUGCAAGUACGACGUCCCCCGAUUAUUUCUGACAACUCGACGCGUUCAGUCACGGUCAGCGAGGGAGGGAGUGUACAGAUGGAGUGUUACGCUGAUGGAUUCCCAUCACCGAAGAUUUCUUGGCGCCGAGAGAACAAUGCUAUUCUGCCCGUAGGAGGAUCUAUUUACUGGGGUAACAUACUAAAGCUGAACUCUGUUCACAAAGAAGACCGCGGUACGUACUACUGUGUGGCAGAGAACGGAGAGACCAAGAGGGCCCUCAGGAAAAUCAGUCUUCAGGUCGAGUUUGCGCCCGUUGUCACCGUAGAACGUCCACGCUUGGGACAGGCGCUGCAAUACGAUAUGUAUCUGGAGUGUCGUGUCGAAGCGUAUCCACUUCCUGCUAUAUCUUGGUUUAAGGAUGAAGCUCAGUUGUCAAAUAAUCAGCAUUACAGUAUAUCCCACUUCUCGACUGCGGACGAAGUUAUCUACUCGACUCUACGCGUUCUCACAAUCGAGAAGGAUCAGUAUGGCCUGUUUACGUGCAGGGCACAGAACAAACUUGGCUAUGCCGAGGGCCAGGUCGAGCUAUUUGAGACGAUAACCCCGGUGUGUCCGCCGGCCUGCGGGCAGUUGACCUACCACAUCAGCGCCGCUCCCGCCAGAAUCGAACACCUCCACCACCACCUCGCCUCUUUGCUUGCAUGCGCACUCUUCCUCAUAACCAGAAUAUUCAAUACCGGAUAUUAA